CCAUUUGACGCGCGCCAGUGCAGAGGGAGGGGAAGGGGCGGCUUUGCAGACAAAGCCGCCGAAUAUCUGCCUGUCAUGUCGGACGAAGCGGAAAUGAAAGAGGCCCCUCCAGAACAAGAACAACAAGGAGAAGAGCAGCCUCCGAUGGAGCCAGAGAUGCAGCAGGAGCAGCCGAACUCACCACCCACCCCUCAGAGCCCCCCAGCUCCAAAGGCCCCAGGUUCGCCCAUGAUGGUGACGGUGACAAUUGAGGAGAAGACUGUGGAGGGACCGCAGGAGAACGGGGAUCCUGUGGGGCUGAGGGCUGGCUCAGCUGAGGAGUUGGGGAGCGCCCCUGUGCCCCCCACGAGCCCCCCUGCUCGCUCUAAAUCAGCCUCACUGAAUGAUCUGAAGCCCCAGAACAGCAUCAACGGUGGUCCACGGUCCGUGGUGAGGAGCAGCCUGUCUGGGUCCCAGGUACAGCUGGCAGGAUCAACCAGAUCUCCACGGGCCAGCCUGAGCCGGCAGCCCUCAGCAGUGGGGUCAGCAGCUGAGGCUGAAGAGAAGCCCAGAGACUACAUAUUCAUUGCGGCCCUCUCCUGCUUCUGCCCAAUCUGGCCAAUCAACAUCGUCGCCUUUGUGUACUCCGUCAUGUCCCGUAACAGCUUCCAGCAAGGGGACAUCGAUGGGGCACGGCGCCUGGGAAGGGUGGCGAAACUGCUGAGCAUCGUUGCGCUGGUUGGGGGCGUGCUCAUCAUUGUGGCCUCUUGCGCCAUCAACUUUGGAAGAACCUAG